UCAUAUGUUUACCCAAAUUUUAAAGUUCUAUUUCUUUAUGCAACUUCUUUAGGUUUUUGAGAAAAGUUAAAUUCCAGCUAAUUUAUAAAAGAAAUUUCAAUUAAUCACCAUGAGCUUUCCCACCAAAGAGGAGCGAACACAAUGCUGGAAUAGUCGUGAUGAAUAUUGGAAAUGUCUUAGUGAAAAUGCCCCAAAUCACAGUUCAACUUCAGGUGAAAAGAUUCCGGACGCCUGCAAAAAGCUGAGAAAACUAUUCGAAACCAGCUGUCCCAAAACGUGGGUGAAACACUUCGAUCGCAAAAGGACGUAUGAGCAAUUUAAACAAAAAAUGGAUCAGGGCAUUGAUCCACUGAAUGAACCAAAGAAGUAACAAGGGAGGAAGAAAAGUCAAUUGUACAAAAUAUAAAGCUUCUUUCUACAUAGUGUUCAUAGAUUUUGUUAAUGUACUCUUAAUUAAAAAAAAUAUGUAUGUAUUUUGUUAUUUUAAAAUAAACUAAAAACUACUAA